AUGGCACCCUCUGGUGAUUCCAGUCACCUGGCCUCGCCUGUGCCCUGCCUGUCUGCUGUCUCUUCCCCCCCUCACUCCCCCCUCUCCAUCACAUUGGACCCGGUGAGGAGAGAGCUGAGGCGACUGAAGCAGAGGAAAUCUACAGGACCAGACAGCAUCAGCCCCAGGCUGCUGAGGACCUGUGCAGGCCAGCUCUGUGAAGUCCUCUGCCACCUCUACAACCUGAGCCUCAGCCUGGAGAAGGUCCCUGUCCUGUGGAAGACCUCCUGUUUGAUCCCGGUUCCUAAAAUAACUCACGCCAAUGAACCGGCCCACUACAGACCUGUCGCCCUGAUCUCCUACCUCAUAAAGACCAUGGAGAGGCUCCUCCUCAGCCACCUUUGCUCCGUGGUGAGCUCCACGCUGGACCCGCUGCAGUUUGCUUACAGGCCCAACAUUGGGGGGAACGAGCUGGAGUACCGGUCGGUCAUCAUGGACUUUGUGGAAUGGUGUGAGUGCAACCACCUGUGCUUGAACACCAGCGAGACGAAGGAGAUGGUGGUUGACUUCAGAAGGAGGACACCACCACACUCAUCUGUGAAUAUCCAGGGGGAGGACAUUGAGACAAGUAGCCUCCACCUUCUGAGGAGACUGAGGUCCUACGAAGUAUGCAGACCCCUGCUCAGGACUUUUCAUGACUCUGUGGUAGCCUCUGCUGUCCUCUACACUGUCAUCUGCUGGGCCCUGGACAGCACUGAGCGGGACAGGAAGAGACUAAAAAAGGUGGUCAGGAGGGCCGGCUGUGUCCUGGACUGCCCAACGGACUCUGUGGAGGAGGUGGUGGACAUGAUUGGGUACCACGAUGCUUCAAGUGCCCUUACCCUCCUGGUCCUCCUAGCAGGGGCUUCUUUCUUCCGUCUAUCCACCCCCAAUCCAAUCAGCACCCCUGGACAUGUCAGUAACCCACACAGAGAUAUUCCUCCUGGACUGCCAGUGUCAGGGGAUGGACAAAGAAAGGAUGAGGGGAGACAAUCAUUACAGAAGGAAGAGGCAGAGGAAGAAGAGGAACUCUUUAAAGAUGUGGAUCCCAAAACACUAGCAGCAGUUUUACUGGAGGCACUGAAUCAUUCCCAGGUUGACAGAAGAUGGGAGGGACAGAAGCACGAUGGGAGUGAAGAAGAUAUGAAGGGUGAGACAGGCGAGGUUAAAAAAGAAGAUACAUACAGAGAAGUGAGAACAAUGGAGGGAGCAGACCGAGACAGAGAUGGACGAGAGGAGUUAGAGCUGCUGAUGGCUGCACAGGGGAAGGACCAGGAGAGAGAGGAGGAAAUAGAGAUGAAGAAAGCUAAGGAAGAAGAGGAGAAGAUGACAGAGAAGGUGACCAGUCGUACCACAAGCCAGACAAUCCAGGUCAAAACAGAGCAGCAGCAUGCUAAUCCAGAUGGAGGUGGGGAGAACAGGCAAGAUUCUGCACCCCAGCAGCGACCAAACAGCCCUGCACAAGGAAGCAAUGAGGAGCAGGAGCAGCUUAGCCCCGAGGAGCUAAAAAGCCUUGAGACUAUGAUGAAGGAGUUUCCUCGUUUAAACACAGCCUCCAAGAGGGAGGAAGACUCAAAGCAAAACCAGAGAGAGAGCAGAGGUUACAGCAGCUACAACAACAUUAUACCACUCAACAAAGGCAGCGACUUUGCCAUGUCUAAGAAGAAACUGAAAUGGCAAGAGGAGACACAGAAAGCCCUGAACUUCCCAACAUUCAGGGGGAAUUUUAUGGAUGAUUUUGAGGACAAUCAUUAUGCUGACAGUAAUACGGCACAGUCCCACCUUCCACAGGAGCAGAAGGUGAUAGAAAAUGAUGAACCAGAGAAGGAGGAGGAGGAAGAAGACGAGGAGGUGUUGAGUCCUGAGGAGGAGGAGGCACAGGCUAAAGUUGAGCAGGAGGAGAUGAGGAGGCAGGCAGCUGAGGCACAGAGAGCCAAGAUGGAGGAGGAGAAGUUGGCCGACAUUGCCUCUGACAUGCUGCUGCGCUACAUGGUCAAACAGAAUAAUGGGAACAAGAAGUACAGCUUGUCUAUGUCCAAUGCCGUGGAGGACAAGAGGUCUGAUGAGGACCAGGAAUUGACAGAAGAUGAUGAUAUCGAUCCCCAGACCAUUGACAAGCUGAUUGAGAUCUCCAGCAAGCUCCACCUCCCUGCCGAUGAUGUGGUGGAUAUUAUCAGUGAUGUGGAGAAGAAGAAGAAGAAAGACGUGCCGCCUGAGAUGACAUCUCAUUGGCAACAACCUCUAAAUCUGCUAUCUUCUUCAUUCUCAUCGACUAAUGGUUUCUUAGCAUCGCAGAUUUCAGCCAAUCAAAAUAUUGUCCCUAUCUCUAAACAACCCUCUCCCAGUGUCAGUCUCCUCAAAACAUGGUUCCAGGAAAAAUCACCAACAAAAUCACAUGAUCUCGGAAGCAAACUUUCAAAGCCUUUGCUGGCCAAUCAAAAUCUUUGGCCCAAACCUCAGAAGCCUAUGUCAAUCAAACAGGGACUGUGGCUCAAAUCACCCAAGUCUGUUUGGACCAACUACCCUUUUUACCCAUACACAUACCCAUCUUUCUACCAGAGGAAGUUUUACCAAGACCACCCCAUCUAUUUUCCUCUUCCCCCCAGACCCAGACCCCGUUACUAUGUCCCCAAAUCCACUCACAGCCUCACCAACUUCUUGGGAAAUUCUGUGGAUGAUGGCUACACUUUCCCUCCCAAACGUCGUUACCGGGGCUGGGUCCAACCCCAGCUGAGAAAAUCCCCUGCAGACCUCCAGCAGAAGCCUCAUGACACCAGAUACCCCCUCCCACUGUACCCCCAGACAUUUCAUCCAGUACCCAUCCCUAAACCAUAUUCUCCUCCCCAAAUGCCUGUGAUCCCUCUUCAACAGAAGCCCUUUUAUUAUUCAGCUCCAGAACCUGCAGUGACAAGAAAUGAAGAUUAUUAUGUUGCUGGAAAACAGCCGUACAUUAACAACCAUGAUGAUCUGGAGAAAUACAUACAGCAGAUACUCAUGAAGAGACCACAGUUGUUGGACUGA